GCUGCCCGGGGUCUGCUGGCGCUGGCCGAAACCCGGGAUCAUGGAGGCUCCGGUGCCCAUCUGCAAGGGUCCAGUUCAGCCCUAGAGCUCACCUCCAGGACCUGGAGCCUGCCCUCCUGCUCAGAAUGACUCACCAUUAUUUCCAGCUCAAAUGAGAAGACGUGAUGGGGAGUUGAGCUGCCUGUUUGUGCAUCUAGGAUUCCUGCGGCAUCUAAUCCAUCUGAGCUGCUCUACAAGGAAGAGCGCCUCGGGCUCCUGCCUGGCCAGCCAAGUGAAGCUGUGUCUCCAGCUCUCAAUGGGCUCACGGGGCUCUCCUGCAGGAGCACAGGCCAAUGCUUCUGUGUUUCCUGGGGCCCCGCAUUCAGCACCCUGAGCCCCCUGCAGCAGGCAGCUGAAAGGCAUAGAGUAAAGUGCUCUUCUCAGUCCCAAUUAUGACAGUGGCCACCGGAGACCCAGUGGAUGAGGCUGCCGCCCUCCCUGGGCACCCACAGGACACCUAUGACCCAGAGGCAGACCACGAGUGUUGUGAGAGGGUGGUGAUCAACAUCUCAGGCCUGCGGUUUGAGACUCAGCUAAAGACCUUAGCCCAGUUUCCAGAGACCCUCUUAGGGGACCCUAAGAAGCGGAUGAGGUACUUUGAUCCCCUCCGAAAUGAGUACUUUUUUGAUCGCAACCGCCCUAGCUUUGAUGCCAUUUUGUACUACUAUCAGUCUGGGGGCAGGUUGAGGCGACCCGUGAAUGUGCCCUUAGAUAUAUUCUCUGAAGAAAUCCGGUUUUAUGAGCUAGGGGAAGAAGCAAUGGAGAUGUUCCGGGAAGAUGAAGGCUACAUCAAGGAAGAAGAACGUCCUCUGCCUGAAAAUGAGUUUCAGAGACAGGUGUGGCUUCUCUUUGAAUACCCUGAGAGCUCAGGGCCUGCCAGGAUUAUCGCCAUUGUAUCUGUCAUGGUCAUUCUGAUCUCAAUCGUCAGCUUCUGUCUGGAAACCUUGCCCAUCUUCCGGGAUGAGAAUGAGGACAUGCAUGGUGGUGGGGUAACCUUCCACACCUACUCCAACAGUACCAUCGGGUACCAGCAGUCCACCUCCUUCACUGACCCUUUCUUCAUUGUAGAGACUCUCUGCAUCAUCUGGUUCUCUUUUGAGUUUCUGGUGAGGUUCUUUGCCUGUCCCAGCAAAGCUGGCUUCUUCACCAACAUCAUGAACAUCAUUGACAUUGUAGCCAUCAUCCCUUACUUUAUCACCCUGGGAACAGAGUUAGCUGAGAAGCCAGAGGACGCCCAGCAAGGCCAGCAGGCCAUGUCACUGGCCAUUCUCCGUGUCAUCCGAUUGGUAAGAGUCUUUAGGAUUUUCAAGUUGUCCAGACACUCCAAAGGUCUGCAGAUUCUAGGUCAAACCCUCAAAGCCAGCAUGAGGGAAUUGGGCCUCCUGAUAUUCUUCCUCUUCAUUGGGGUCAUCCUCUUCUCUAGUGCUGUCUAUUUUGCAGAAGCCGAUGAGCGAGAUUCCCAGUUCCCCAGCAUCCCGGAUGCCUUCUGGUGGGCAGUCGUCUCCAUGACAACUGUAGGCUAUGGAGACAUGGUUCCAACUACCAUUGGGGGAAAGAUAGUGGGUUCCCUGUGUGCAAUUGCAGGUGUGUUAACCAUUGCCUUACCCGUCCCUGUCAUAGUCUCUAAUUUCAACUACUUCUACCAUCGGGAGACAGAGGGAGAGGAACAGGCCCAGUAUUUACAAGUGACAAGCUGUCCAAAGAUCCCAUCCUCCCCUGACCUAAAGAAAAGUAGAAGUGCCUCUACCAUAAGUAAGUCUGAUUACAUGGAGAUCCAGGAGGGAGUAAACAACAGUAAUGAGGACUUUAGAGAGGAGAACUUAAAAACAGCCAACUGCACCUUGGCUAACACAAACUAUGUGAAUAUUACCAAAAUGUUAACUGAUGUCUGAUUGAACCCUACUAACAUACUCACAGCUCAACAAGACUAAUGCAGAUGUUGCAUAAUAGCCUGCAUUGUAGUCAGUGUUCUACAGUGUGCAUCUGGUUCUGCAUGGGAAGCAAUAGUCGUGCAAGUGACUUUUGAUCUUUUGACUUUCGAUUUAGAGCACAGAGUAUCUAUCAUGAUUUUCAUACAAAUCUUCAUCACCAACUUAGAGGUUUCCAAAGAUGAGAGUCACCUAUGGAGCCAGGAUUUCAGAAAGACACACUGAGGACACUUCAUAUUCCCUACACAACCCCCAUAUUAGUACCAUCCUCCCUUCCUAACUAAAGGCAAACACACCUGAGAGAUGCAUUCCCCUCUGCCCAUCCUACCACCCCACUUCAUCCUACCUGCUCCAUCACAGAGGAACACCAUCGAGACUUAUCUUGAAAGCCCUGGUAACUAUUCCAAAGGUCAUUCCCAUUUCUGCAUUGAAAAGAACACACAGUCCUGUGUAUUGGAAUUCCUUUCUGUGUCACAGGCAGGAGUUUGUGAAUUGCAGUUGCUAAGUAGAUGCUCUGGAGGCUUAUGUUUCAUAACGGAAAAUGCUGCAUGCUGCUUUUUCUCUGCAGUGUCGAUGAGGGAAGCCCAGGGGAGGGACAGCUAGUAUGACCAAAUAUGCGUUGUCAAGUUUCACGUUUGUUCCCUCAGGCCUACAGGGAGAAGCUACCUAUCUAUUCCAGGGAUUUCUCAGCUUCAGAAUUCAUUUUUGCAGGCUUGAGGGUCACGGAACGUGUUUGAUUUCUUCAUUUACACUGAAGUGUGCAGACAUCUGCUUUCUGAGUAAUGUGGCCUGGCUACACUGACACUGCAGUGAAAUAUACCAGUGAUGCAAUAGAGCUGCAUGGGUGUUCAUUGCAUGAAUCUCAAUAUUUAAAACACAGGAGAUAGCCUAUUUUGGGUGGGCUCUUAUUAUCAAACUAUGUGAAUAUUACCAAAAUGUUAACUGAUGUCUGAUUGAACCCUAUUAACGUACUCACAGCUCAACAGGACUAAUGCAGAUGUUGCAUAACAGCCUGCAUUGUAUUCAUACUUAGAGUAUUCAUAUUUAGAGUACUAAUAGCCUUGGGAUGGUAUUGAACUAGGGUUUCUUCCCAUCAGAAGGCAAAAGCCAUCCAUCACGGGAAAAAAUAGACUAUCUGGAAUGGGGAACCAAAACUUCUGGCCCUCUAGCCUACCUAUGCCUGUUCUUUCACUGGGAGCACAGACCCUGCCACAUCAGGAGAAUGAACAGAGUCUAAACACUAACAUUACUGCACCUUAGGAAUUAAACUAGUCAUGGACAUGACUACACAGCAGACCAGGGCAUUGGUUCUGAGGGCAGGCAGGUCUGUGGGUCCAAUGUAUAUAAAUAUAUAUCAACUAUCUUUCUCUUGUGUGUUACUCUACCUAACUAUAGAAAAUUGCAUUUGAACAUUGUAUAAGCUUAUGCAAUAUUUUGACACAGGGCAAUUUAUGCAUGUGUUUGACUAUGUGCACUAAAGCGUGUGUGUGUAUAUAUAUGUAGGUAUAUAUACACACACACAUAAUUGUGUGUAUAUGUACAUUAUACACACACACACAUAUGUAUAUUCAUUCUCUGGAGUUCAGGUUCAAGAGCAAAUCCAUUGCUUAGUAGGUUAGUUGUACAACAAGCCCAAUAGGUUCAUUGAUAAAUCCACUGGGCCUGGGUUUGCUGCCAUUGCCUCAGACAUACUCCAGUGUUCAUAGAUUCCUAGACGUUAGAAUUGUCUUUCUGCCCUCCAUGUGCUGCAGCUUCAGUUUCCCAUGGCUGAAGCUUGUCUUACUGAGUGCACAAGGGCCCUACAGCCCUCACAGCUCCAGCUAACCUGGGCCAGGUCCACCCCAGGCCUCCUCUACAGUCCAUCCCAUUAAUCAUCUCCAUUCUUAUCCUCUCCCCUGUUUGAUUCUCAACAUCAUUUGACUCUGCAUCCAUCACUUUCAUGAACCUGUCCCUAGAAUGGAGCCUCUGCUUUGAAACCAAGGAUUAAAACUCCCUGGGACCAAAUUCUACUGUUAUAGACUUAAAGAAAGCCUCCUCUAGGUGUGGAAAUUUCCAAAUUCUUGGACCAAUGGAUGGAUUCCCUAGGUGACCCAAACAUCAUUUUGAUUGCUAGACUCAAAUUCUCUUCCCAUCACACUGGUAAUAAGAGUCCACCCCAAGAUCAGGUAAAGUAUGAAUGAGCACUGCAUGGCCUAGAAGUAGAAAGUGGGUUGGCCCCAGGGAGAGUUGCAAGGGACAGCUUUUGCCUCAUCACACUGGGUUUCUUUGCUUUUUGACACAGAGGUUUAAAAUCCUCAAACAUAAUGAAUCAUGGUCACGUUGCUCAGUGUUGGUUCCAAUCAAGGUCUCACUAUUGGCUAGCUGUCAUCUUCAGUAAUCUUUUGGGGAGGGGGCACCAGCUCAGGGUGCUAGCCCAUUGUGCACAUUAGUUCCUGGUCACCCAUAUCCCCAGGUGUUUGCAGGGCAUGCCAUGCCAGGCACAAAGUCUCUGUUUCUCUCCCCUUUUGUGGUGCUGAAUUUCAUGACCUGGGGCGGAGGAACACAGACUUACUUACAGAGGAUAGAAGGUUAAAACAACCACAUGUAAGGUCUAGGUGGGAAGAAGUUGUCUAUUCACCGAAUCCUUGGCCUGAGAACUAUAAAAUGUCCAUAUCCACGCAUGUACAUUCGUCAUAAAAUAAAUGACACAUCAUUGUCACACACAACUACAAAGCAGGCAGCACACAUGCAAAAUACACACAGGCCAAAUUAAUGUGAAAAUCAAACACAUAAGAGAAAUGGUUUUACCUGUAGACAAAACAUACUCUGCCCAACAUAGAAUAUGUAUACCAACACAGCACAUCUACAAGAGACCUACUUACCCCAUGUGUAAACAGACAGGAUGCAACUCAGAUGCAAGAUACACAAGACCAACAUGGGAGCCAUGAAUACACAUGCAAAAUACAUAAAGGAUGCUGUCGUUGCUUCUGCACACAAAGACACAGAAACUCAUAAAUACACAGCGUACGUAGUCAUACUGGACACACAAAACACA